AUGGAGAGAAACGUAGAGAAGAUGUUGAACAGAGUAUCCGUAGUGUUCAUAAGCAUCGGAACAGCGAUAAUGGUGAUUAUGAUUCUUCAGACGCCGAAAACUUGUAUCCCACCAGAAGCUCCAUCGAAACCACAUACGCAUUUCCCGAGAUCCACCUGCGAUUCAUCGCCUCGCCAGCAUCUUCCUCUACCCAAGAAGAACGCUCGAAUGUGGUCCUCUAGGGCUUGGAAAUCGCGUCUCUCUUCCUUCUCAACCUACUUUCUCCGGCUUCGCGAUCUCGGAUUCCUCCACAACCAUACCAAAGCUCUCUGCCUCUCCGCAGGCGCUGGACACGCUCCGAUGGCUCUUUCGCAGAUCGGAUUAGCUGAUGUAACCGCCGUCGAAUUGGUCGAUUCGAUUCCUCUUGUCAAAAGAGCCGAUCCUCAUAACCUUCCGUUUUUCGACGGUGUAUUCGAUUUUGCUUUCACCGCGCAUCUCGCUGAAGCUCUGUUUCCGUUGAGAUUCGUGGAGGAGAUGGAGAGGACGGUGAGACGCGGAGGGUUUUGCGUGGUUGCGGUGGAUGAAUGCGGCGGAGAAGAUGUUAGGGAGAUUGCUAGGCUUUUCCCUAAUUCGAAGCUCGUUGAUGUUGCUAAUGUAACUCUAGAAGGAUCCAAAAGGACUAGUAUACUAAUGAAAGUGCAAGACUCUCCGACAUGA